AUGGCACCCCUCGCUAGUCGAGUGUUACCAUCCUCCGGCCGCCGAUUUCUCAAACCUUUGCUAUACUCCGCUGGUGCUCUGGCUGGACUCGGUGGGGUGGUCAUUUAUGUCUCAUAUCGUCCCAUCAACGUCCCUGGGUCACAGGGUGCCAUUGUCCCCGUUCCUCGAGCCGCAGACGGAUCAUUUCUCAUUCCAGAAUUCCCCGUAAUAAGAUCACGCGCCGAACAGAUAGCAGAGCUUGCCAGGAGUGGUGCAUCUCAGAAUAAAACACCAACGGAAACAUCUGUCAGGCAGAAACUUCAGAAUGGUUUUGCAAGAUUAAAAGGUGGAUGGAGCGUGGCAGACAUAUCUGCAGAGACAGACGACUCUUCAGAUGAUCAAUAUGACCUCCUUGUCAUUGGAGGGGGUGCAACAGGCUCUGGUAUCGCUCUUGACGCUGCCACUCGCGGUUUGAAAGUCGCCUUGGUCGAGCGCGAUGACUUUGCUGCUGGAACAAGUAGUAAAAGCACAAAACUUGUCCAUGGUGGAGUUCGCUACCUCGAGAAAGCCGUUUGGGAACUCGACUACAACCAAUACUCGCUGGUUCGAGAAGCCCUAAGAGAAAGAAAAUACUUCCUUGACACAGCACCUCACUUAUCCUCCUGGUUACCCAUCAUGAUCCCUAUCCAGAAAUGGUGGCAGGCUCCUUAUUUCUGGGCUGGGACCAAAUUCUAUGAUUUCCUGGCUGGCAGCGAGGGCAUCGAGACGAGUUACUUCCUAACGAAAAGCAAAGCAUUAGAUGCUUUUCCUAUGCUGAGGAAGGAUAAUCUCGUUGGAGCGUUGGUAUACUACGACGGUGCUCAUAAUGACAGUCGCAUGAAUAUCUCCAUCGCCACCACCGCAGCACUUUAUGGCGCCACCGUUGUCAACCAUCUCGAGGUGACGAGCUUGACCAAAGAUCGUGAGGGAAAGCUCAAUGGAGCCGUUGUCAAGGAUGUCAUCGCGGAGAAAAAUGGGUCUCCCGCACCUCCCAUCAAGAUCAGGGCUAGAGGCAUCAUCAAUGCCACCGGUCCAUUCUGUGAUUCCAUCCGGAAAAUGGACGAUCACACCGUCCAGGAGAUUGUCGCCCCAAGUUCUGGCGUCCACAUCGUCCUUCCAGGCUAUUACAGCCCCCAGAAGAAUUCCAUGGGUCUGAUCGACCCUGCCACAUCAGAUGGAAGAGUCAUUUUCUUCCUACCAUGGCAAGGAAAUACUAUUGCUGGGACAACUGAUGCGCCAUGCGACAUUAGUCGCGAACCUGUUGCGGGAGAGGAUGAAAUUGACUGGAUCUUGAAUGAGAUCAAACAUUAUCUGUCUCCAGACAUCAAUGUUAGACGCAAGGAUGUCCUGGCCGCUUGGUCCGGCAUUCGCCCUCUAGUCAAGGAUCCCAAGGCGAAAAAUACCGAGUCGCUGGUGCGCAAUCAUCUUGUCACUGUAUCAGACUCUGGUCUACUCACCUGUGCUGGUGGUAAAUGGACGACAUAUCGCCAGAUGGCCGAAGAUGCCGUCGAUGAAGCCAUCACCCAAUUCAAACUCCAAACUCAACCCAUCACUUCUCCCACACGAGUCAGUGGGACAGAAGCAAUUGACGAUGCUGCUCCUCUGGGCGGUACGUGUCAGACCCACCAAGUUCGACUGGCAGGGGCUCAUGGCUAUUCCAAAACUCUGUUCAUCAACCUAAUACAGCAUUUCGGCAUCGAAACCGAAGUUGCCAAACAUUUAUCAGAAGCAUAUGGCGAUCGAGCAUGGACCGUUGCCGCUUUAUCGAGUCCUACCAACGUACGAUUUCCCCUUCGAGGCAAAAGAAUUUCUCAAUUAUACCCCUUCAUCGAUGGUGAGGUUCGGUAUGCUGUGCGACAUGAGUUUGCUCAGCGGGCAGUCGAUGUACUCGCUCGACGGACAAGGUUAGCAUUCCUCAAUGCACAAGCUGCUUUGGAAGCUUUACCGGCCGUGAUUGACCUCAUGGCCGAGGAACUGAAAUGGGAUAUGAAAAGGAAGAAUCUGGAAUGGACUGAAAGUGUGGCAUUCCUCGAGUCGAUGGGUCUGCCCAAGUCACAGCUUGGCCUGUCAAGAAAGGAUGUCGAAAACCGAUAUACCCGCACUGGUUCGGCCUCGUCAUGA